UUCUCUCAUUUUCAUAUAUACAUUAGCUUGUCACACACUAUUGGUCAUUCUUAAUUACUUGCUGCAUUUUUCUCCUUUGUGCCUGAGAAUUUGUCUUGUCAUUUAGGCAUGGAACUAAGUCUUAACCACCAACUUGGGCUUGUUUGUGUAAUAUUGCUCUUCCCUGCACUAUGUAGCUGCAACGAAUACUUUACGAACUCCAGAGCAAGCUAUUAUAAUACCCCUGAUGGCCUUGGGAAUCCAAGGGGAGCUUGUGGCUUUGAAGAAUAUGGAAGAACGAUUAAUAAUGGAAGUGUGGCUGCUGUAUCUGGGCUAUGGAGGAAUGGUGCUGGCUGUGGCACAUGUUAUUGGGUAAGGUGCAAAAUUCCACAAUACUGCGGGAAAGGAGUGCAGGUGGUGGCCACAGACUCUGGUGCGGGAGACGGAACAGACUUCAUAAUGAGCAAACGUGGAUUCUCAGGAUUGGCACGCAACGUAGCUGCUUCUAAGGAGCUGUUCAAACGCGGGGUGGUGGAUAUUGCAUUCACAAGGGUUCCCUGUAACUACCCUUCUAACAUUAAGCUCCGUGUCCACAAGAGCAGCAAAAACCCUGGCUACUUAGCUGUCCUGCUUCUCAACGUAAAUGGAGUACGCGACAUCACGGCUGUUGAGAUGUGGCAGAGAGGGCAGAAACGUUGGGAGCCACUACGCAGGGUGUAUGGGGCAGUGUUUGACUAUGCUAACCCACCCAGUGGUGCAAUUCUCUUGAGGUUUCAAGUUGGCUAUGGAUAUUGGCUGCCUUCAAAUAACCCAAUCCCUGCUAAUUGGAAGCCUGGUGCUACUUAUGACACCAAAGUCCAGAUUUAUGAGAAAGGAAAUUAAAUAUACAUGCACUGGUUCCAAACCCCAGGAACAUACUACAACUAAUAAGUAGUACUAGUCAUCACUUAUUCCGUUAAUUUGUUUGUUAUAAUUAAGUAGUGUCACUCAAUGUUGUUUCUUGUUAAUUUACUUGUGUCAAAAAAAGGGACUAGAAUAAUGGGGUUCAUGUGAUCAAAUUUCCAUGUAUCUAAGACUACAUGGAAUAUGAAUAAAAUACAGUUUGGUUUGAUCAUUUA